UCAGAAAGAAGCAACUAGGCGAACCAGUUUGCAACUUGGCCUCGACCCAAAGAGAACAUUAAACUUAACAGCUCUUCCUUUCUCCCUUUCUUUUCAAUCUCUUUAAUUUUUCCCUUGGGUCUUCCCUCGUUCUUCCUAUCUGAGCCAAAUCUAUGGAUCAGAACCUCAGCUUUUGAGCAUCAAAACCUCACACUCCUGGUUUCAGGCUAUGUCCUGGGUUGGCGCUUGCCCCCCCCCACCCCCCCAAGCACAACUGCCCCACCUGUGAGUAUCCCAGAGUUGCAAACGAAGGCAUGUAGGAAUCUCAGCACCUUAAAAGAAAGCUGCGGAACUUCAGAGAAGGUUGCAUUUGGUGCCACCUUCCUUUCCAUGCUCAAAAAAAAAUAAAAAAACCCCGUGCGCAACCAGAGAAAGGCUAGAAGCUGCAGUUGGGCUUGAGACCUCCAAAGUUGGCAUUCAGCACCCCCAACUAUCUGUCUUGCACCAUGCUAGAAGAACCUCCCUGCCCCAAGUUCUGGGCCUCCCAGAAUCCGAGUUGAGCUGCAACCACACGAGGAAAAUAUUCUGCUCCUAACCUUGCCGUUCUUGGCUUAUUUGCAGUAGCCCUGGCCAUGCCAGACUCCGCCUCCCUACCUGUUAGUGCAUUAAAGUGACGUGUCCUAGCCCAGGUGAGCAGUCCGUGGGCAGGCGGGGAUGGGCAGACGGCUGGCUUCCUGGGAGAUGGGCACCCUCUCCUCCUGAGGCCGGGUCUGCGCCUUUUAUGAUCCCGUGCCAGGUUGGAACGGUUGAAGGAUGCCGCCGGCACCUGCUGCAGGAUUCCCCAACUUCCAUGGAUCCUUGCAUGUCUAGAUCAAGAUCUGAUUGAGCUGACAGCUGAGGAAGAUGAAGAUGUAACUAGAUAAAGUUGAUGUCUUUGUUCAAAAAAAAAAAAAAGGAUCCAUCCUUGGGUUGACGUUGGGCCAUCCUUCUGCUAGGAGAUGAACGUCUAAUUCCUAGAUCUUGGGUUUAAACCAAUCAUGAAGGCCAAAAGCAAAGGAACCAAGCGUCGGAACGCCGUCAAUGAAGAGACUUUAGGCCAAGAACUCACCCAGAGCAGAGAUGAUCUUCUGAAAUAUUCAUGGCGCAAGGAGAAGAGGAACAAGGAAAUCCCAAAGGCGGCCUCCAAACUUUCUUGGAACAGCAAGGAUCGGCGCUUGCGGAGGCUGGAGAGCAAUGAGCGUGAACGCCAACGCAUGCACAAGCUCAACAACGCCUUCCAAGCGCUGAGAGAAGUCAUCCCUCACGUCCGAGCGGAGAACAAGCUCUCCAAAAUCGAGACCCUCACGUUGGCUAAGAACUACAUCAAGUCCCUCACCUCCACCAUCCUCAGGAUGACCAAUGGACACCACCCGGUGGUUGAAGGCACGGGCUCGGAAGGAAAGUCCAAACUCUAUGAACACUAUCAACAGCAGUGCGAGGAAGGUGAUGAACCCAAGGAGCAGCUUCAGAAGUACUCCACCCAAAUCCAUAGCUUCAGGCAAGGCAGCUAAAGCUGGCUGCGCACCUGCGAUUGUCUUCCAGGGCCCAAGAAGACAUCCAACCUCCAAGUGGACGUGUGGGAUUUUUCUCCGUAGUUUUGCAAAAUGGAAAGCCAGUUUUGAACUUCUGAUAUAUGAGAGGACCUGGGCAUGCCAUGAAACCCAUCUUACGUUAAGUAUAGAGUCUUAUAGGUCACAUAGGGUCUCCAGCUUGUGCGGGGGAUUGAUUUAGAAGACCUCCAAAGUCCCU